AAAUGACCAAAUAACUCAACAAUGAUAGUCUGAUUACAGUUGAACUUUUCUAAUGACAUGAAACUUCAUUUCUUAAUAGACUACUGUGAAUUACAGGGCUGUGUGCAUUUGUCUAUUACAAAACACUGAUACAUUUCUUAUUACUAAUUAAUAAAGCUGUUUUCACGAGCCCAUUUAAUUUAGGACACUUAGCGGUUGUAUCUCGCCAGCGCCGAAUGACGGUGUGCGCUAUAAGGAUGCAGCUACGGCCGGAAGUGAAGCAGAAUCUCGCAGUAAAUUAAAAAUAAAUUGCAUUGGCUAACGCCUAAACCAAACCUUAAACUAACCAUACAAUAAAAAAGCUAAAGGUAAUUUACUGUUGUCAUUGUGACAAAAAUUAUGCGGUAUUGAAGUCUGCAUGCCCAGUGGAGUUAACUGUAUCCCUUCUAGACAUAACGCCGACGGACCGCGCGACGUAGAGAUGGAUCGUGGACGAGCACGCUCUUUCUCGCGCAUUUGAUGGCCACUGUUAUUGAAAUUGUUUAUAGAAAUGAUAAAAUAAUCAAAUAUAUUGUACUUACAGCAAUGUGGCGGAAAAUACUUAAUAAAUAUACAAAGUUUUUAGAAAAAGUUAGAAAUUACAUUUGAGAAAUUAGAAAAAAGGAAAUUUGAAACGUAGGCUAUACGAAUGACGACCAGGCACAUAGACGAGAAAUUGCGCAUCUUUCUUGUAUUCAUAACAUGUGAUGUGAUAUGUAAACGUGACAUAAAAAUAUCACAAUAUACGGUUUUAAUCCACAAAAUAAAAAAAUCUAAUUAAGGUUAAGCCUGAACUAAAUAUUUUUAUAUUCUUUUUGUUGCGUAAGAAUUUAUGUUGAACGGGUUCUGAUUGGCUCCUGGUUGCUAAGGUGACGUCGUUUUAUUUACAGUACAUUCGUAAAUAAACAUUUAGAUCGAUCAGCUGCUCACAGAUUUUAAUCGUCUGAUUUAUAUUGUGAAUCUUGUGAUUUAUAGUUGUUUUCUAGAUUUCUGCUUUUAUUGUGUUUUAUAGAUUCUCUAUUUAUUGCUAAAACAUCGAAAGUCUGAGUUUUUAUACAAUAUUCCAGCUGUUGAGAUAUUUUUAGUCCGGGACAUUUCCACCUGUUUUCUGGAUAUGGCGUCAUCAGCAUCUGCUCGCGUGGCCUCUCUGUAUGUCGGUGAUCUUCACCUGGAGGUCUCAGAGGUCAUGCUGUACGAAAGGUUCAUCCCGUUUGGCCCGAUUCAGUCCACCCGAGUGUGUAGAGACAGAAACACCUGCAGGUCUCUGGGCUACGGAUAUGUGAACUUUGUCAACCAUUCGGAUGCCGAGCAUGCAAUGGACAUUUUGAUGUUUGACCUCCUCAUGGGUCGGCCGAUGCGCAUCAUGUGGGGCGACCGAAACCCCGCAUUGAGGAUCACAGGUGUUGGCAACAUCUUCAUUCAGGGUCUGGCCAAGAACAUCACCAACCUGACUCUACACGACACCUUCUCUCGUUUCGGCACCAUCUUAUCUUGCAAGGUGGUUGCUGAUGAGAAUGGCUCUAAGGGAUAUGGUUUCGUCCAUUAUGAGACCUACGAAGGCGCUGAACGAGCCAUUCAGACGCUCAACGGGAUGAUGCUGAACGAUCAGCUGGUGUCUAUUAGUCACUUCAGAUCGUUCCAGGAGCGUCAGUCAAACCCUGAGCGUGCAAUGAAGAACUACAAGAGUCACUUCCCGGGGGUGCAUCUCUAUGUUAAUAAUCUACCCUACAGCUGGACGGACAACCAGCUGCAUAGAGCGUUCUCCCCGUUUGGAACCGUCACCAAUGCAAAGGUGGUGAUGAACGGUGGCCGCAGCAAAGGGUUUGGAUUUGUGUGUUUUGCAAGCCGCGAAGCCGCAGCUCAAGCCAUUUCAGCAAUGAACGGACGGGUCAUUGCCAACAGACGGCUGAAUGUUGCCUUCUCGCGGGUCAUGGACCAGGACACGUCUGUGUCUGUGGCCCACUGUGAAACACCUCCUGUGGUUGCUAAGACGCUGCUUCCUUCUGGACGCUUUGGUGCCAUUGUUCCACAGGCUAAUACUGGUCAUCAGCUCACCAGACACCUUCAGGUUGAGUCCUGCUGUCGUCGGGAAGCAGCGUGUCUCCUGUCUAACUGUGAGAGUCUUGUCUCGCUGGUCUCUCCACUGCUGUUAGACAUGCUGGUGUCCCACACGCCAGUAGAUGCACUGCAGCAUGUGAACCAGGAGCUGUCAGAGCUGAUGUCUGAUCCCAUCAUUGUUCUUCCUGGAACAUCAGACACCUUCAGCGCUGUAACCUCUCCGCUGUCUGGAGACUUCGGUGCUGUCGUUCCAAAGACUCAUAGCAGUGCCGGUCAUCAGUUCUCCAGAUGUCUUGUGUUCAGUCGUCGCUGGUUUGCAGAUGUUGCUCUGCCUCAUUGUGAGAGUCUCGUCCUCCUGGUCUCUCCACUACUGUCAGACACUUUUGACUCUGAGACGCCCCGCAUGCUGACCGUUAACCAGGAACAGUCAGAGAUGACGCCCGACCGAGCCACCGACGCUCCUGGACCAUCAGACGCCUGCAGUGAUGUUGCUGUGGUUCACGACAGGUUUGGCAACGGUUUGGGUGAGAUAAGACACAUGAGCAGCUUCAAGGUAGGAGAAAUCUCUUGGUUUUUUAAGGAUUUGCACUCGACACUGUUCUUCACAUUAAGGGUAAUCUUUCACUAAUAAAUGCGUGAGUUUGAAACAUCUUUAGUAAAACACACAAACUCUGUCCUCUUAUCAGGUGAUGGUGGUUAUGGAUGGUGUGUUUGUGUCAGUCCUCUGCUGCUCUUCUGAUGACACUGUGACUGAGAUCAGGAGGAUUCAAGAGGAUCUUCUCCUUUACAGUGAGUGUCUCUUCUUUAACUCAGCUGACCAGAUUGUGACCUCUGACACAUCCAGCCCUCUCCUGGCCAUUCAGAGUGUUCACCCUGAGAGUGAGUCUUCCUCCGGCUCAGGUGAACAGAUUGUGUCUGAUACAGUCCAG